AUGCUGACCAUUGUCGAGCUGCCACAGGCGGGAACUGCACUGCAAAAUGUCAGCCGCGAGAGAGAGCGAGAGCUAAAGUGGAUUUGCCAGGAGCACAGUCACCUCAGUAUGGAUCACGAGCCCCCAACGAAGCGGCGGCGCUUCUUUACGGAUCCCGAAGACGAUACAGGCAGUCACCUCUCGAGCCCGGUGCUGCCCACGCCUCCCACCCAUCAGAAGACUCGAUUCUUUCAGAGCCCGCCCAACGCUGGGUCAUCUCAGAUCAAGAGCGAAGAUGCUCCGGCAUUCCCUUCCUCGCCGAUACCCGCUCGUGGGCCCCUCGUGGAGCAGUCCAUUCAAGAUGCAUCAAAUCGGUCUGCCCCUCUCGAGACCAGUCGGGAGGAGCCUGUCGUCUCUUUCGACCAGGAAAUGUUUGAGAGCUUCGUCGGCGCCAAGGUGGCCAAGGAGACGAUGAACAUUAUUCGUGAGAACUGCGGUGAUAACCUUGAGAGAGCAGUGAACAUGUACUUUGACGGCACCUGGAAGGAUUUCAAGAAGAAGAACCCCUCCAUCAACGCUUUUGUUCGACCACCACCCGCCGCCAUGUCAUCAACUCCCGAGCCGACGCCCAAAGACUCGCCAAAGCCCGUCAUCCGCCGCUCCAUGCCCGAAUCACGAUAUGUGGGCGCCUUCGGCGUCGAGGGCUGGGCCACGAGGAGCGGUACAAACCUGCUGAAGCACGGCGACGUGGUCAAGAUUGAGCGGAAGAAGAUGCAGCUGCCGAAAGCCCCUCGCUCCGCCAAAGGCGCCGCAGCCGUGCACAAGCUCAGCGCCGCGGCCGUCGCCAAGCGAGAUGACACGAUUGUGCGGUUCACCACCAGCAGCGGCACCGAGAUUGGAAGGCUCGUCAAGGACACGGCGAGCUGGGUGUCCACCCUGAUCGACCAGCGCGCCUGCAAGUUUGAGGGCACCGUCGUCUACGCCCCGGACACGCUGCGGACCAACGACACCAUCUUCAUCCAGCUGCGGUGCUCGCUUCUCGCUACUGCCUUUCACAGCAGGGCGUUUCAGCUCGAGGACAACAACAGGUCGACGGCCUUCUUCGACCAGGGGGAGUCGAUGGAGGAAAAGGACCUUCGCAUGCGCCAAGUUGCCUUGGUGCGCCUCUUUCAAGAAGUGAACCUCGAUCCUGUACAGUCCAAUGCCGCCUCUUCGAAGCAGCAGCGACAGGAACUAUUGCAGGCUGCGGAAAUGGAGGAAAAGAAGGAGAAGGAGACGGCAAAGGCCGCGGCUACAGCAACCGCAAAGGACCAAGGCUCGUCACCACAGUCCGACGAAGAGGAGGGCGAAGAGCUUGAGCAGGACCAGCUCGACACCCUGUACAAGAAGGCCCAGUCCUUUGAUUUCAACACACCAGAAGCGGAGCCUGCGGACACGUUUGCCAUGAGCCUUCGCCCGUACCAAAAACAGGCGCUGCACUGGAUGAUAUCCAAAGAAAAGGACCUCAAGAGCAACCGCGAGCCAAGCAUGCACCCUCUGUGGGAAGAAUAUGCGUGGCCAACGAAAGACUUUGACGACAAGGAUCUGCCCCAGGUCGACGGGCAGCCCAACUUUUACGUCAACCCCUACUCGGGCGACCUCUCGCUUGACUUUCCCACACAGGAGCAGCAUUGCUUGGGUGGCAUUCUUGCUGAUGAGAUGGGUCUCGGCAAGACGAUCCAGAUGCUGUCGUUGGUCCAUACGCACCGCUCCGAGAUUUCCCUCAAGGCCAAGGCUCCCAAGACGAACCUCGAGUCGAUGAUUGAUCUCCCGCGUCUGACGUCAAGCGCAAACAAUGUGCUGCAGGCUCCGUGCACUACGCUGGUCGUGGCUCCCAUGUCGCUGCUGGCACAGUGGCAGAGCGAGGCCGACAAGGCAUCCAAGGAGGGAUCUCUGAAGACCCUCAUGUACUACGGGGCCGACAAGGCAAACAGCAACCUGCAGGCUCUUUGUUGCGAAGCCAGCGCCGCCUCAGCGCCCGAUGUCGUCAUCACCAGCUACGGUGUCAUCUUGUCAGAGUUCACCCAGCUUGCGAACAAGAAAGGCGACAGGGCCUAUCACAAUGGCAUUUUCUCUCUUAACUUUUUCCGCGUGAUUCUGGACGAGGGUCACAACAUCAAGAACCGCCAGUCCAAGACGGCCAAGGCCUGCUAUGAAAUCGCGGCCGAGCAUCGAUGGGUGUUGACCGGCACGCCUAUUGUCAACAGGCUGGAGGACCUGUUCAGUCUCGUGCGUUUCCUCCGUGUGGAGCCAUGGAACAACUUUUCCUUCUGGCGGACCUUCAUCACGGUCCCCUUCGAGUCGAAGAACUUCAUGCGGGCCCUCGACGUUGUUCAGACUGUUUUAGAGCCACUGAAGGUCGAAAUCGUAGGUGUCAAGCUCGGCGAGGCGGAGCGCGGCAUUUACGACUACAUCUUCCUGCGCGCCAAGCAGGCCUUUUCAAAGAACAUGGAGGCUGGCACCGUCAUGAAGUCGUUCACCAGCAUCUUUGCCCAGAUCCUGCGACUGAGGCAGAGCUGCUGCCACCCGAUUCUUGUCCGCAACAAGGAUGUCGUCGCCGACGAGGAAGAGGCUGGCGCCGCGGCGGAUUUGGCGGCGGGUCUUGCUGAUGACAUGGAUCUCAAUGUCCUCAUCGAGCACUUCUCUGCCGACACGUCAGAAACGGAGACAAAUCCCAAUGCCUUUGGCGCACACGUCCUCGGCCAGAUUCGCGAUGAAGAAGCGAGCGAGUGCCCGAUUUGUUCUGAGGAGCCCAUGAUUGAGCAGACGGUGACCGGGGGCUGUUGGCACUCGGCCUGCAAGAAGUGUCUGUUGGACUAUAUGAAGCACCAGACAGACCGCCACAAAGUACCGACGUGCCCGAAUUGCCGAGCCGAGAUCAACUACCGCGACCUCUUCGAAGUGGUGCGUGACGACAGCGACCUCGACAUGUUCCAGAAGCCCCGGAUCAGCCUGCAGCGCGUUGGCAAGAACAGCUCGUCCGCCAAGGUGGUCGCGUUGAUCCGCGCCCUCCGUGAACUGAGGCGCGAGCAUCCCCGGAUGAAAUCGGUUGUGUUCAGCCAGUUCACCUCGUUUCUGACUCUGAUCGAGCCGGCGCUGGCCAAGUCGAACAUCAAGUUCCUACGGCUCGACGGCACCAUGGCGCAAAAGGCCCGCGCGGCCGUGUUGAACGAGUUUCAGGACGCCAACCAGUUUACCAUUUUGCUUCUGAGUCUUCGCGCUGGAGGUGUCGGGCUCAACCUGACGACCGCCAAGCGCGUGUACAUGAUGGAUCCGUGGUGGAGUUUUGCCAUCGAGGCACAGGCCAUUGACCGCGUGCAUCGCAUGGGUCAAGAGGACGAAGUCAAGGUGUAUCGCUUUAUUGUCGAGCAAAGCGUGGAGGAGAGGAUGCUCAAGGUGCAGGAGCGGAAGAAGUUUUUGGCAACGUCUCUCGGCAUGAUGAGCGACGAAGAGAAGAAGCACCAGCGGAUCGAGGACAUCAAGGCCCUCCUCGACUACGAAGUCACGUCGCAUUAA